AUGAUGCCCUAUGAAGCGGUGCCGGCGCCGCCACCUAACGAGUAUCAUGGAUCCAUGGACGCUAAAGGUGAUGUGCGCCCAGGCUAUUACUACCACACGAUACCAGUCCCGGUGCCUGACCCGCCCACAUACUAUUCGUACCAUGGACCGGCGCACCCGCCGCCACCCCGCUCAUUACCACCGCUCGGAAUGUCAGAGUCGCAUGAAGCGUAUACUGGCGGUGCUAUGCACGACAUGCAGGUACAUCCUGUGUCAUUACCGCCGCUGUCGCGGUAUCCGCCCGAGUCGAUGGACUAUGUACCGAUGCGCAACAUGAUGCCACAUGAGUUGCCGCCGCCACCCAUGCCGCAUGAUGACGGCGCGAAUCGUCUAAUGAUGCCGCACGAGCCGCGUAUGCCUGUAGGCAUGGUGCAUGAAGAACCUCCGCCUUUGGCGCGUCGAAUGCCGACCAUGCCACAGCCUCGGUCCUCGUCCGUCCGACGUAUGGCAAUGCCGCCGAUGCCGCCAUCGCAUAUGGCUGAACCACCUGCAUCAAAGCGCGAUCGUAAGCGCAAGGAAGUCCUUGAGCGCCUCGAUCGUGUCCAUUGGGAUGUCUUGGAGCAUCGCGAGCCCAUCUAUCAGGAUGCGUUCUUGGGUCUUACAUCGACAUACCAUGCUUUGAUGAUGCGUCCAUCCUACGUGCGUGAGUACGCGAUGGAACUGGCAGAUCAGACAGUUUGGCGAGAACGCUCGCUGCGCGAGGCAUCGCUGUACUUUGCAUUUAUGUCCGAUCGGAGCCAACAUACGUACGAUACAGAGAGUACCAAAGCCGAAGACGAAGCGCGUAUCUCGAAACGAAAUAUUCGCGACAAAAUGUUGGGUGUAAUUGAAGAGCGCAAGAAGCGUCUAAAAGAGGAACGCGAUAGCGGCGAGUUUGCUGGCGACCCUAUCGUGGAGUCAACGCAGCGGCCACACUCAACGCGACAGUUGCGCAACAAGGACGGCUCUGCAGGUGGCACGCCGGCACGGAUUGGACAGCUACUUGACUAUGACGACGUGCUUGCGAACGGGUACCCACGCAUCGCCAAAGCCGUGGCCCAGUUGCUGGGAUGGACUGUGGCCGAUGCCACAACGACCAUUACGUCGGCCAAGGCGGACAACGAUGCGCAUGGUAUGCUCCUGUGCAAAAGUGCUUCAGACGGCAGCAGUAUCCGACUACCGCUAUACGAGACCUUUGCGUCGCAGAGCUCGCUACUGGCCGGCAUCAACUUGGCAGCCUCCGGCAAAAAUAGCAGCAAGAAAAAAGAGGCGGCAUCCAAGCUGUCGUCCAGGACGCUUUCCUCGGCCAACUCAAACGCCACUUCGACCUCAGCCAGUCCGGAUCGCAGCGAUGACGAAGACGCCGUGUCCGCCACGCCCCUCUUAUCGUCGGGAGGCGGUCGCCUGCGUUGGGACACGGCGCGGUGCCUUAGUCAGCUGACGGCGGCCAAGGACCUCGAAGUGGAAGCCGACCUGAUUCACAUUCAUCAGAUCGGGACCAAGCGGCGUCGUCGCUAA